UGCUAGGUGGGAGAUUAGUAGGGAAUGCAAAGCAAUCCAGCCUGCCACUCAGCUGAACGCUGGCCUUCACGGGGGGAAUGCAAGGAGACCAGAAUGGGAAAGAACCGGAGGAAGAGGAAGUGUUGGGAGAAUUGGAAGGGGUCAAUGAGGCACUAAUAAGGAAACACCAGCUUCCACUCUCCGCACAGUCAGCCUUCAGCUACAUCCCACCCCGACACAAGGACCCACCGGAACUUAGUUAUUUUUACCAGGAGAUACUCCAUCGAUGUGACAGAGAACACGCAAAAAGCAGAGGACUUCACAUUAAUGACGAGGAAAAGAAAAGGCCUGUAGCUAUCUUGUCUUCUUCUGAAUAUGGGCGGCAUAUCAACAAACCCGUGGAACAGCUAAUCCGAGACUACGUCCGCAUUAAUCACGUAAAGGCUGAGUUCUACAGAAAAAAUGGAAUAGCUUGCUUGGUAGAAAAAUGAAUCCAACUUAAGAGUCUACUGUGAUAGAUACCUAACAGCAAGAUGAUAUCAAAUUCCCGUAGUGUCCUGCUUGGAUUUACAGUUCAAAUGUAACAUUACAAUAUCUUCAUAUAUUUAUUGCUGGGGUUUUAGCUAAAAUCAGCAUCUUUAAGGACCUUAUUUAGGUCCUUAAAGCAUGAUAUUUGUGCGACCGCCAGUUAAUACCUCCCCAUUUUUUUUCCCCUCCUGGAAAAAUUGUGAAGAUUUCACCAAAAAAAGUGGAUUGACACUCUUAACACACUAGAAUAGCCAUGUAUUAAUUUGAAAAUAAUCACCUCUGUCAUUUCUUAUCUAUGAUUUAUAGGAUAGUUUUCGUUCUUUUAGUAUUAUCAAAACUAAAGGACUUGGUAGCAUGUAUUGUUGCUUAAUAUGCUUUUCCUUCCAAUUUCCUCUCUUCGUUAAUGUUUUAUAAGUGUGUUUGGAAUGCUUAACUAAGGAGAUCACCAUUUAAAGGAAAAAAAUAUUGAGAAAAAUAUCUAUCAACCUGCUUAUAUAUCAAGAAUGCACAUGUGUUUAUAUAUAAGCUGCGCAUUAGCAAUAAAGAUCAGCUGAUAAGAUGGGCAGCUUCAUGACAAUGAAUUCUCAAUGCUGAGCACAAACAUUAAAGCUUGACAUUA